AAACAUUGACACUAAAGUAAUCAGGGUUAGGAUUAGUAUGUGUGUAGUUAUGUGAAACAUUGACACUAAAGUAUUCAAACUUGUAGUGUUUUCCACAUUCAUGUAUAUAUAUAUUUACGACAAAGUGAUGACGUCGUUAAUUAGAAUCAUACUUCAGUAUUACUAUCCACGCUCCAAUAGGAGACACUUAUUGUAAGUGUUGGGGUCAGAGCAUCAUAGUUGUUGUAAUACAUUAGUUGUGAGGGCUAUGCUGAUGAUAUCUUCCUUCUCUCUGUUUUUCUGACACAUUUUCCAACGGUGUCACCACCGUUUCAUUCACCAUUAUGCAGGCUUUGUUGUAGUGAAUUACGAGCCACGAUGUAGAUCUGACACCAGGAAUGGAUAGAAUAGAAUUGUCACUACCCAGCAGCUAGUCCACAGAUACAAGCUGCGCUUACUGAGGAAGUAGGGGAAGAAUGGAUGACAGGAGAGUUGCUGACUACUUUGUUGUAGCGGGGUUACCAGACAACCCCCUCCCCCUGGAAGAGUUCUCAAAUGAGGCUGCUAUCAAGCCUACCUACAAGCAGGACCCCAUCACCGAUAUUGCUGUCAUCGACAAGACCCUGGGAGAAAAGGUCCCCAAAGGUUACACCUGCUUAGAGAGGACACAAUCCAACUACCUGGCAGACUUAAAUCAUGGGAGCAUCAGAUGUCACGAGAUGUUUCUUUGUUAUCGGAGAGGAAGGGAUAAACCGCCACUCACUGAUGUCGGAGUGCUGUAUGAGGGAAAGGAACGGCUGAUGUCAGAGUGCGAGAUUGUCCAUACGACCCCAUGGGGAAGUCCUGCUAAUGUGAACAAUGGCAGCAAUGGGAGGAUAUAUAUAACAUAUCGUCGAGCACGAGAAACAGCAGCCAGCGACACCCUUGCAGUUGUCGAUGUCGUCAUUAUAUUGCAGAAUAAGAACGAGACUGCUCCGCAUGCUUAUCACAAGAUUGAGAAAAAUUUAAACCGAGGAAUGGUGGGAUCUGACGUCUUCUUGUGCUACAAGAAGGCCAUGGUGAAGGCAGAUAUCCUGGCUUACAAACCAGGAUUAAUACAGAGGUACCCUGAGGAAGACUAUGAGAAUUUUCCAUUGCCCCCUGAGGUGCCCCAGUUUUGUCUUCCCAUGGGAUCUUCAAUAGAAUGUUGGUCAGCCAAAGCCCAGCACCCUCUGCCUGUCUUCUCUACAUUUGUCUUAACCCUAGCUAAUAAUGAAAAGGUUUACGGAGCAGCAGUGACUUUCUAUGAGGAAUUUGAGGAAGAAAAACUUACGGAUUUACAAAUGAGACAUUUAGGAUUAAAAAAUAAACAUAUUCGAGAACAAUAUAGAAUUCUUAAAACUGUACAUUCCAAUAAGAGUAUAUGCCUGCUCUCCCACUGGCCAUUCUUUGAUGCAUUUAGGAAGUUCUUGACUUACUUAUAUAGGAUUUCAAUAACAGGGCCACACCCUGUCCCUAUUGAAAGGCAUAUAUCUCAUUUUAUGUUUGAUGUUCCAUAUCCCUCGCCACAAAGACCAAGAAUUCUUGUCCAGUUGAACCAUGAUGCCCUUUCUUUGUCUAUGCCAGAGGACUCCCCAUUGCCUCAAAGUGGUGCUUCCUUCGUGACCAUGCUGAAGAACCUAGGUCCUGAGAACUCUAUGAGCCUGUUACUGUUCAUCCUGUUGGAGUAUAAGAUUCUGGUUCACUCUCUGCGGCCAGCGGUGUUGACGGGGGUAGCAGAGGCAGUGGCUGGGAUGAUCUUCCCCCUGCACUGGCAGUGUGCAUACAUUCCUCUCUGUCCGCUGGGGUUAUCUGACAUGUUGUCUGCCCCCGUCCCGUACAUCGUAGGGAUUGAUUCCAGAUAUUUCGAUCUGUACGAUCCGCCCUCAGACGUCGUUUGUGUGGAUCUAGACACGGUCACUAUCAGCCUGCCAGAGGACAGGAAAGGUGUAAAUUACAGGAGCUUGCCAAAGAAGCCUGCCCGGGUGCUACAGGACACUCUCCAUAAACUGUUUGAUGAACUGUCCACCAGACAGGGCCUCGGGCACAACAUUGACGAGGUCAACUUGGAGAUGGGCUCCAUCGACACGGACUUUAAACGCAAGAGGAAAGAGGACCUUUCUUUGCUAGUUGAAAGAAAGACUCUGCUCGAGCUGUCCAUUCAGGAGGCUCUACUGAGAUUCAUGGCCUGUCUCCUGAAGGGAUAUAAAAACUACCUGAAACCCAUCACGAAGGCCCCCACGGAAUCCACCACCGACCCCGCCUCCCUGUUUGAUAUACAAGGAUUUCUACGAAGCAGAGACAAGGCCAAUCUGAAGUUUUUCCAGCAGUUAGUGAAAACGCAGACCUUUAUCAGUUUUAUUUCUGAGAGAUCAUUUGUGUCAGAUAAAGAUGCCAGCAUCGCAUUCUUCGAUGAAUGCAUGGAAAAAGUGGAUGAAACAAAGGAUGAACCUAAACUUAUUGACAUAGAUGAAUCUCAGAACAGUGAAAGAACUGUUUUUAUAAUGCCCCCAGACCCAGCUGGUUUGCCAGAAGGGAAGACGUACAGCUAUAAUGGUUUCCCCGAGUUGCGUUCAGAGUUGUUUUUAAGAAAACAGAUCUCUAAUGUAUCACUGAAUGAAAAACCUACGAAAAGUACACAUGAACCACUAUCUCGCAGAACCAAGCAGGAAAUACGGUCUGCCCAAAAGAUGGCACAUCAAUAUGCAAAUGACCCUCAGUUAUGGGCAAAGUGUCUGCUGAGCCACUGCUACAGCCUUUGGUUCAUACACCUGCCAGCGUACAUCGACCAGACCAAGGCGCUCCACAAGUGUAUGAAGGAGGCGUACGAUGUGCUUCAGAAGAUGCAGCUGGCCAAGCUACAGCCUCCUGAUGAGAUGUGCUACCGGGUGAUGCUUCAGUUGUGUUGUCUGUACAAUCAGCCUGUAAUGGCGGUCAAAGUCUUGUAUCAGAUGAAGAGAGCCAACGUCCAGCCGAACGCCAUUACUUACGGAUACUACAACAAGGCUGUGUUUGAAGGAACUUGGCCCUCCACCAGAAGCAAUGCCACCAUUCUGUGGAGAAAACUCCGAAACGUCAUCAUUGGUGCUGCUCACUUUCGGAGACGUAUUCGACGGAGAAGUAUGUCGAUUAACUCAAACUCCGGGAGUGAUUACGAUAGGAUAAGUCGGACAAGCAUUGACAGUUUUCUCGAGGAUCAUACAGAUCGUGUUAACCCUACAAUAAUGAAAUCGGACAUUUUCAGUGAUUCUAGUCAGAUCGGUACAGCUAGCAGUAAGGGGACAGCAUUAGCGUCUACGACAGUCAGGGAGGAAAGCAACAGCACAGGUGGGGUGUCAGACAAAGGCUAUAACUCUAUGUCCCGAGAGGAGCUGAAGUCGCUCGUCCAUCCCGUGUCCAACGGUGAAUCGGAGCAGGAGCAGGAGAAAGUUCGGCGAGACAAGAGCAGUGGACUCCGAUUCACGCUGCCCAACUCGCACAAAAACAAGGAGAAAAAGGAAAAUAAUGGUGGAAAUCAGGACAUCACAUUUUCUGAGGUGGAGACAGACUUUAGAAACAGGGUUGGAAGCAUUGUGCGGAAAUCCCUGGGUAGUGUCAGCAGCUCGGGAAGUCAUGAAACGCUCAAAGGAAGUAUGAUGACAAGCUCGCAGGCUGGGCUGUUGAUGUUAAGUCAGAACUCUCUCGAUUCCACGUCAUUUCCUCAGGAAGUUAAUCUUCAGUCCAGUUUUAAUGCGAGUGACAGCAAAAGGAAACGCCACAAAAGUGCCGGUGACCACCAUGCGAAAACCACGCGGUCGAACAGUGUGUUCAAUAACUGGCGGCCGCGGCACAUUAGCGGUGAUCCAAGCUGCUUGGCGAGGACUACAAAAGAUUUGAUGUUGGAUGAUGAUGCAUUUGUUGAGGAGACAGAAUUAAAAUCCAGAUCAAAUUUGGAGGGGAUAAAUGAAACAACUGACAGUGGAGUGAUUGUGGAGAAUUCCCAAGGUGCUGGUCACCGUGACGAGAGACCACAUGAUCUGGAUCUGGGAAAUAUUGCUUCCCUUCCUGGUGGAUCCACGUCCCAGCCAUUUGAUAUUCCGCAGAGAAAAAGUUUGAUGGAUGGAUCAAGUAAUCUAUUACAUUCCAUGGGUACUCCAGUCACUGAGAAUGAUCCGCUGGGGUUGUUCAAGGAUGAAGCUCCGGAGCAGGAGGAAGAGAAAGUGGUUAUGAGGCGGAAAAAUGUUCCAACUCAACCUUUCGAAUCGGAGAGGUUGAGUUAUGUUCGUCGAAGUGGUGAUUUUGAUGAGGAUAUACAUCCUGAAGCUACGCUGGUGAUGGAUCUGGACGAUCCUGAUGUGGUGUAUUCUAUUAGAGAAAUAGACCCCAGUGAAGCAGGGAUUAAGUGCAAUAGGCAUAUUCCGGAGGAGCAGACGGCCUCCUUCAGGCUUGGUUCAGGAUUAAGUCUUGAUGAAUCGCUAUCAACAAAUGAUUUGUAUGGGGAGGCAAGACCUUUAUCUCAAAUGGAGAGGAUUGGAAAACGUUUGAAGGACAUGGGUAGAACACAGAGUACCCCAGAUAAUCUGGAUGAGCAGGAUCGAACUAGUAAAUCUGGAUUUAGUGCUGUUACAAGUUAUCUUAAGUCUUUCCAAUCCCCAACUAAGAAAUCACAGGACUCUCUUGAUGAAGUUGGUGGAACAACUUCAGAAUCCAGGUUCUCAAGACUUGGAAGCUUUCGGAAAAGGGAACGAUUAAGUGGUGCUUUCAAAUCUGCAGCAGGUGCUCUGAUGAGCAAAGUGAAUGAAAUAAAACAGACCAUUUCUACGCCAGUUAAGUACGGUUCUAAUCCGUCACUAGGAAGAUCAAGUGAUAAUUUGGAUGGUGAUGAAAGAAGAGGGCGAGAUAUGCCAGGAAGAUCCCUAGAUCACCACAGGAAACCCAGAAAUCCUUUAGAAGAAUUCGACAACUUACAUCCUCAUCCAAAUAGUAGUUUACCAUCUUCUUCUUUUAUGGAGCAGUAUGUUCCUCUCAAGGAAUUUGGUGAAAACAAAUCUGUCACAUUUGCCAGUCUAGAAAACACAUUACAAAACAUUGCCAUGGAAAUUGAAAUUAGUAGCUGUUUCCGAUGUAAUAGAUGUCGAGCUCUUUUGUACGAUGAGGAAAUUAUGGCGGGCUGGUCAGCUGAUGAUUCAAAUCUAAACACGACAUGCAUAUUCUGCCAGAAUAAACUAGUGCCAAAACUACAGAUUUAUGUAAAGGACUGGCGAGGGGGUAACGCCUCCUCCCUGGGGGGAAGUAAAGAUGAUGACACAGACAAACACUCCAGCACAACCGAUCCUGAUGUACAAUCUAGUCACUCAAACCACGAUCCCUGGGUCCUUCAGGAGAAGAUCCACUCCACCUCCAACCUAGAGAAUUCCAGUACAGACUUUUUCUUUGGGGAGGAGCACUUAGAGGAAGAAGGUCCAAUGAACGUGCUCGAAUCCCCAGAGAGGGCAAAGCGAGACAGUCAUCUGGCCAAAGCAGCCCUCUCCAACACCACCAGUCCCAGAUCCUCCAGUUCUUUAGACUUGGAAGGAAUUGCUCUGAAUUCUCGGAGACGCUGUGCAAGUGAAUGUUUCACGAAUUCCACAGACAACAUGAUGUAUGGAUCCUCUUUUGACUCCAUGGAGGAGUACGGGGGAUAUAUGUCUUCUCCUAUUCGUAUUUCGAUUGGAGAAGACACAGAGUUGCCCACUGGGCCGGAUCCAACCCCUGAAAUGAAGAAAGACUUUAUGGAGAGGUGUACAACAUCGGUAGAUCCCAUCACGGUCCCUUACUUAUCUCCCCUGGUGCUGCGGAAGGAGCUGGAUAAUAUUUUGGCUAAUGAAGGAGAUCUAUCCUUGGGCUCGGAUGAAUUCCUUGAUCAGCAUCCUAUUAUAUUUUGGAACUUGGUGUGGUAUUUCAAGAGACUGGAGGUGCCCAGCCAUGUACCAGGGUUUCUGCUGACUGCCAAGUCAAUCAAUGGAGAGGAGGGAAAUAUCGGACUAUAUAGUAGUAAACAUGUUUUGAUCCGACCCCAGUGGGACAACAUCCGGAUCCACGAGGAAGUGGGUCUCCCUAUGUACAGGUCCUGGAAUGAAGGUCGAAGUUCCCACACAGUAGAUGCCUUGAUUACAGAGGCUCAACCAUUUAACAGGGCAAUUCUCCACCAGAUCAUAGAGAGCAUUAUGUGUAAUGACCUCUUGACCCCUAUCAAACUAGUUAUGAACUGUCGUCGAAGGCUUCGCUUGAGAAAGAGUCGUCACAGAAGCAUGUACAGAGACAUUGUAUUCCUGGCAUUUACAUCUUGUGGAAAGGAAAACAUUGAUCAUGAUGCAUUUGAUCGAGAAUACCGACAAGCUUUUAACAAAUUGUCACAUAUGGAAAUCAAACGCACUCAGCGAGACGACCGCCCAAGAAAGACUCGGAUCAUCUGGUGCAGGAAAGUGUUUGGGGAUUUAGAGGUGUAAUUAAUUGUACGUAUAACUGUGGAGAAGGCAGAGGACAUCAUUGACCAUGAAUGAAUCAUGUCAGAAAAUUCUUCCACAUGCAUGUACUCAUACUUUUGAUGUGAGAUUUGAGGGAUAGGUGAAAGGGGGGAGGUGUUAUAUGAAUAUGUUAACAGUGUGUGAUCUUUACAAGGUCAUAGACAUUCUCAUUAAUUGUACAAUUAUUUUGAAAUGUGUUCAUGAGAAAUCAUUGCAGAUCGACUGGUGGAAUAUGUGUAAUUUUUUAAUGUAUAUAAUUAUGUAACAAUUGAUUGACAAAGUGAGCAAAUUUUAUUAGGAUGUAAAAUUUCCUUAUGGUGUAUUAGUCUAAAAAAAAAGUUUGCUGUUUGCUCAAUUUUCUGGUGUGAGUGUAUUAUGUUAAAUAUUUGUUUUUGUAUGGUACUCAAGCCUAGGAUUAUUAUUGGUCUUUGCUAAUUUAACUUGGAAUGUGCUGAAUAAAUUUGACUUGGAAAUUAUUAAUGUUCAUAUAUAGUUUGACAAAUGGUCAUAUUUAUUAUUUCACUAUCAUGUGCAUCCACUGUGUACACAUGUAUUCACUGCUAUUGAAACACACAGUUGAUUUUUUAUUGAACUGUCAUCUGUCUAGCUUCUCUGUGUUAAACUUCCUGAUCUAUAUGUGAGAUUGUACCACUACUUCAUAAAAUCUUUUACAGUUCAUUGAAGAAAUAAAUUUUAUUUUUGAAAUGUACCUGUACACAAGGGUAUGAACUGCCAAGCUUUUCGCCUGCUUACUUCAUUAAGUGUAUUAGCGCUUAAUGAAAAGUAUGCCAAUGCGAAGCUUUGCUGUUCAUACCUAAUUUAUUUUCUAAAAUGAAAUUGAAUUUUUAAUUUUGCAUUCUGUUUUCAUUUCCGUCGGGAGAAUUCCCAGACAUUAAAACAGUGGUACUACAUAUAUAUUUAUAAUGAUUUAUAUGCACAUCAUUCACAUUCAUGAGGAAAUGACUAUCAUUUCAAUUGAUAAAGAAAAUUGAAGGCAAAAACAUUGGAAAUGUAAAUAUAUGAAACUGAUUACAUUUACACUGUAUUCAGGAUUAUUAUCAUUUCAAGCAUUGUAAAAAGUCACAAUUAAAUUGCUAAUUUGCAUAUUAAAGUCAAAUACAAGUUUAUCGUUCAAAAACUUGUAUUUUUCCUCAUCAUUGAAAGUUGCAAGCAAUUGGUUACUGUUGUGGAAUUUUAACACCAAGGUUUAUCCCCAAAUAUCUUUAUGAAGUUAGAUAUUAACACCAAGGUUUAUCCCCGAAUGUCUUUAUGAAGUUAGAUAUUAACACCAAGGUUUAUCCCCGAAUGUCUUUUUGAAGUUAGAUAUUCCCCAUAUUAAGUUUUUUGUGUACAGGUAUAAGAGCCUUUUAAUUUUGAUUCUUAAAUUCUUCUGUUUCCAAAAUACAUACAUGUAUUCAAAAUACAUGCACAUGUAGAAUAUAUGGUUAUUGUCUAGAAAUAUAUGAGAUAUUUUGGCAAUGGUAAGAAAACUGGAUAGAGGACUAAGCUUGUCAAGACCUCUCAUUGUUUUCAACCCGAGUUCAGAUAUUGCUUAUGUUUCAAGACAGCACCCAUGAAUUCUUGUCUUAUAGAUGAUGUUGACUUGCAAUAUUUUGCAAGCAAAAACUUAAAUAAUUCAUAAUAUUUUUUCACACAUGCACACACACUUGGAGGCAGUAUAUGUUAUAAAGUUUGUCCCUAUUUUUCAAUAUGAACAUGAUAAUAGGAAAAACAAAUUGAUUGUUUCUUUUAAAAAAAAUAAUAGGUGUAGGACAUCCAGAUGGGUAGCUAUUUCAAGUAUCGUGUUGGUAUUCUGUUUUCCUUGCCUAGGACAAUAUGUAGGAUUCCUUCCCAUCAUCUCGAAAAUCUAAUCUUGCAAUGAUUUUGUUCUACUAGAGACAUAAAGUCUUUUGAUAUAACUUUUUCAUUUGAACAAAUAAAUUUAUAUUUUACUGUGCUGAAGAUUCCACCAACAAAUACAUUCCCCUGUAAUUCAACUUGAUCAGACCUCAUAGUGUAAGUGUGUACGACCCACAGCUUGUAAAAUGGAAGAAUUUUAAUGAGUCGGAAUUAUGACGAGGAUCCUGUCUUGAUUAAUUUUUUUUUUUUUUUACAUCUUGCUUUGUUGGAAAGGUCAUGGGUGUCACAGAAAUACAUUUUUUUUUUUUUGAUGGUUAGAUUGUGUCAUUUGAUAUGGAUACCGUGUAUGUACACGUUUUUCAUGGAGAUUUGUGUUGAGCACUAGGAUUCCCUUAUGUAAUUAAGCAUGUGAAACUAAUUUGUACCUAUGAAAUACAAGCCAAAGGUUAUGGUUUUUUAAAGACUGUACACAUGUUUCAACUGUUGAAGGAGUUAUACAACCACUGUAUAUCAGUGGGGACUGAAUAUCAGGAGAUGGGACCACCUGAGCUUAUAGUGUAGUCCACUCUUGCAUAACAACCGGGAUAUGUUUAAAUCCCGACAUUCAGUUAACCUUUUUAUUACAUAUUUAAAAAUUUUGUAUGACCAAUUAAUUUUAGACUAAUUCUAGAAGCACAUAUAUCACUUACAGUUUCAUAUACUGACUAAGUGUUCAUUAUCAUUUCUAUACAGAUGUAUACACCCAUCAAGUUCUGUGUAUGCAGAUGUCCCUGGGCAUUUACAGUGUGGGACUUUUUGGAUCAGUAAAAGAAUAUAUUAAUAUAGGAAAAAAAUAUCAAAAUUUGUAAUAAACUGGGAUAACAAUAUAUUGCAAUAUACAAUCAUGUAUUAAAAUUUUGUAUUUUAUCAUGAUACAAAAUAAAUGGCCCCAUUUUUUCUGAUAUACUGUGCGAUAUCAUUUGGUAUUGGAAUUUAUCAGUCAUAUCGAGUCCUCUGUGAGACCGAGAACUGCUGAUACAACCCCUUACAAUUUACAAACAAUGGGAACAAAAUUAUCAGAGUACGAUGACGUCGCGAAUGUCUGAAACUUCCUGACAAGCUUAGAUAAGCAGUAAAUGGGGUAGUUUUGUUUUUUUGCUCAACUUCAGUCUGAGGAUUCAGAUCAUGGGUUCAACCAUACAUUUCCCAGUGUAUAUAAAAAGCGGACUUUUCUUGCAAAUAUAACAGAAUGUUUAUUGUAAAAAAUGUGCCCCCACCCAUUAUUGUUACAUGUGUACAUCUCGACCCUAUUAUUAUACCCAUACAGUGUACAUGUUGUGAUCUUAACUUGGUACACCUGCAUAUGCUGGACAUUGCAUCAAACAAUAAUGUAAAGUUUUCUGCAGCAAAUGCACUUGAAUAGUUCCAAAUUUUUUAUAGCUCCUGCAUCUUCCUUCAGUAUAGAGAUCUUCCUUUCUCUUUUUAGAAAACAUUUGGAUAAUUAGAACAUAGGGAUUUCAAAAGUUAACUUUCAGAAUUUUUAACCCCAUGUAUGGAGGUGCACAUGUAGAUUGUGUGAGUUUCCUUGAGGACCAGAGGAGAUUUUGUAAUUAUAUACAUGUAAAUGUACCCAGUAUACAAGUGCAAUUUGAUGUACAUAUAGGAACUUGUAGGUGUAUGGAUUGAAUCAUACUGCCUGAGGCAUAAUUAACAUUGAUGAACUUGUAGAUACUGCACCUGUUCUGUAAAGGUAGAAAGUGCUAAAUUUGAAAUGCUCAUUAAAUGUACGUAUUAAUUUGUGUGCUGUUGCUUAGUUUGAAAUAAAAUGGGCUCCAAGAAUGUAGAUAAGACAUAUUUAAUUUAGUUGGUUGUAUAUUGUACAUAUUUUAUGUUUGAAAUAUUGACAGGUGAAUAAAAUAAGAUAUAGGGUGAAUUCAAGAAA